AUGCUUUCUAAGAACUUCAAAAUACUUGUUGUUUUACUUGCAUUUUUAACUAUUGGGUAAUGUCUCUUGACUAUUCCAUUGAAAAGAGGUAAGAUUAACAAAGAAUUAUAACCUUUUAUCAAGGGAUCUAUUUUAAGAAAUGGAAUCAAUGGCAAACUCAUUAACCUUGAAGACGAUAUUUAUCUUGGUCAAAUUUAAGUUGGUUUGUCUUAAGACACCUUCGAAGUUGUUUUCGAUACUGGAAGUAACUUUUUCUGGGUGCCCUCAAAAAGCUGUGAAACUUGCAUUUAAUCUGGUAUGACUAAGGGAUAUAGCUGCACAUAAGAAGAUGCCUGUGUCUCCUCUGAAUUCGUUGAACGCAUAUACUAUGCCACAGGAGAUAUCUCUGGUAAUGUCACAAACUUUGUUGUGAGUAUUCCUGGUACAAAACCUGUAGAUUACUUUGGUAUUUUAGUUGAUUUUGUUUAGGAAUUGCCUUCAGGACUUUAGGGUAUUAUUGGUUUGACUCCUUUUUAUGAUUUCUAAACUGAAACUAAAAAACCUAAUCUAAUUACUUUGCUCUAUCAACAAAAGCAAAUUGAAAAACCUAUUGUAUCUUUCUAUCAAGCCUUUGAAGUUGAUGAAAAAUCUGGAAAAUAUUAAUCAGCAAUAACUUUUGGAGGAUAUGAUGAAACAAAGAUUGUUGAAAAGCCAAAUUACUUCAAAACAAUUAAAAAAGAUUCUUGGUCAAUUCUAAUUGAAGAAUUCGUAGUUGGAGGUGUCAGUAUCUUUAAAGGAAAAGAAGAAGCUUUAAUUGAUAAUGGAACUACUUCCUUUUAUAUUAGACCAGACAUAGGCGGAAAAUUCUUCGACUACAUUAUGGGUGUUAGAAAUAUUACUUUAGGUGAUAAUUAUGAUGUUGACUGUGAUGCAGAUUUUCCCAAUGUUUCUUUUACUUUCCUUAAUAAUGAAAACAAAUUAGUUACUUAUGAAGUAGAGCCUGAUUUUUAUAUUACCAGAGGAACCAACAACACUUGCUACAUCUACUUUGAAGGUUAUAUCGGAGCUCCCACAUUUGUCAUCGGUAAUACCUUCCUCAGAAAAUACCUUCCCGUAUUCGAUUAUGAAAAAAAGACUGUUGGAUUUGCUCGUACCGUAAAUUAAGCUCCCAAAUUACCUUAAAAAGAAUAAAUAUAAUAAUAUUGA